UACAUCCUACACCCUUACAUCUCCUCUAUCUUUAAAGCUUCUCAUCCCACCCACCUUUUUAGAGGAAGACGGAGGAGGACGGGGGCAAGCUGUGCGUGCGUGUGCGUGCGUGUGUUUACGUUUGUUUGCAGAAGAUUGGAUUGCGUUCACGACGGGAAGCGGGAAGCACAAAAAGUACAGGCGACUAGCCGGUAAUCUACGUAUCACCCUCUCCGCCAUUUUUGGGAGGAGAGAGUACAGAUUCAAGGUAGGACAUGAGCCAAGAGACCGUUGGUUCGCUCCUGGCCGUCAUUGCGAACUCGCUUAACGAUGGCCUGCGCAUCUUGAUGUUCGCCGACAAGCGGGAAUGGGGUUCCGACGAGUUCGAGCAGCUACGUCUGCUCGAAGAAACCCUCGACGAGGCCAAGAAGGACUUCCAGGAACUGCCUGCUCUUGUCAAUGGCAGGUUCUACUACGAGAAUGACCGCAUAGACGAGACCCUCGAAGACCUCCGUAUCCUAUGCACGCGGUUCGAGCUACACGUACAGAUGUUCCGAGACUGGGUGCGCCACGGCGGGCCCAUCGACCCGUCUUGGGCCCUCGAGACGACGGCCCUCCGACGCGAGCUGCACCGGGCCCAGUGCCGCGCCGCCCGACGCAUAUACAGCGCGCAGCAGAUCGAGACGUCGGCGGAGAGCGUGCGGUGCCUCGGCGCCCUACAGGUGUACCGCGUACAGAAGGGGCGCGACGUGCGCGUCGAGGACGAGCGCGCCGCCUGCGCGCAGACCGGCCACUUCGAACGCUACGCCGACAGGGACGUCGCGUUCGUCUGCGACUUCUGCGACGGCUUCCUCGUCUGGGAGGACCUGCGCGCGGUCCCCACCACGCGGAUAAACCAGCCACCCCCACGCAACGACGACAGUCUCCCCGCGCCCGUCACGAGAGCGACAAGGCUUGACGAUCCUAGGAGGAAUAAUAACGGCAACAAGGGCAACGGCAAUGGCGAGGGCGAGGUCAGUCCCGCCGCGGCUAAUUGGCAGGCCCGCGGCAUCGCGCUCUCGAACGGCGAGCAGAAGACGAUCAUAUUCGCACCGGUGGCCGUGGCGAACCACGUGCCGCCGGAUAUAGGGGAGUGGCAGUCGAGGAUCCUAUGUCCGCAUUGCGACGAGUACUACUACGAAGAGCAAGGCGACAACGACAUGGAGCGCAUACGGCAUACGCAAGGCCGGGGGUUCGAGACCGUAGCGGCUUUCCAGGAGCAUCUGGAAUGGAGCCACGCGUCCAUGGUACCGAGUGCUUCGAGCUGCGCAGUUAUGUGAUUAUUUUUUCUUUAAAAAAAGACAAAGAAAUAGAAAGGGACGAAUGGAAGAUGAAAGGCUACCUAAAUAAAUACAGGAGGCGGGAGAUUAUUUUCGAAAUUCCGGGUUGAAGCGGGUUUAAUUAUAUCGCGGCGCGGCGUUCGGAAGGGCUGUGCAUGUGCCAUUGAGAAGAAAUUGGGUUCUAUUUACUACAUACCUAAACCUAAUCCAUCGCAGGUCUUGAAGAAAAAAAGAAAAGAAAAGAAAAAGCAAAGGUGUUCCAGGCGUCUAUGAAAAAGAAAGAAGGGAUUCGACUGAGAUACACCCUUACUUACAUACCUAAGUACCUACCUAGAUAGUAUAGAUAUUUACCUAUGAUCGGAGCCUACAAGGGAGGAGAAAGU